AUGAACGCCGGUAAUGGAAACACAGAUAGAGUGUCGCCGAGCUAUCCUCGUGAAGGUCUGCCGCCCAAGAGGUUGAGACCUUCAUCCCCUCCCAAUACCUCGAAAACGCCGGUCGGCACCGCGUCCACGCAAGACGCCGCUGUUUUACCUCCUGCCUCCGAGUUAAAGGACACGACGGCUUUCUCCUCGUCGGGAUCCGAUAGAGAAUCGAAGCCGCCGGUUGCUGGAGGCGGCCCUAAUCCAAUUCCGACACCGGUUGCUAAUGUUUCAGGCGGUCGGCCGGAGGGCUCGAGACCGAAGGGAGGAUUGAUAGCGAAUCUGGCGAACCCGGAAGUUCUGGACUGUCUUAGCUGCCGCAAACCUCUUUUCCCCCGCUUCCCCUUGUAUCAGUGUACCAAAGGGCAUAUAUUAUGUUCUCCAUGCUGCAAAACUCACUAUAAUAAAUGCACAAUCUGCCGCUGUAAAAUGGGAAUCCGUUGCAGAGGUCUCGAGAAGGUUCUGGAAUCUCUCACCUUCCCAUGUGACAACUCAUCCUCUGGCUGCAGCGAGGUGUUCUCGAGCCAUCGCGAUAAGCUGAAUCAUGAGGGGAAUUGCGAGUUCGUCGCUUAUUGUUGCCCGUGCAGGGCCAGCUGCAACUUCUCUGGCCUGUACACAUGCUUCUCCAGGCACGUCACUGAGGCACAUCCGAAUAGGGCCAGAAGGUUUGAUCUUGGCUCGGUCAUCUCAAUUGUUGGCAAUCACAGCACGACAGUUGUUCUCCAAGAAAGGAUCCACAAUACAGUUUUUGUGUGCACCCGCUACUCACAAGACUCCCAUGGAACCGAAGUCGAUGUCGUAUGUGUGGGUCCCUCGUCUGCUAAGGGUGCCCCAUUCUCGUGCGAUCUCACGGCAAAGGUUUUACCCCUAUUCUCGUCUGCUAAGGACACACCCACGUUGUUGAACAUGAAGAUGGGUGUGGAGUGCGUGCGGGAAAGGACGAAAUAUUCCUGCCAGGGAAAGUAUCUUUUCAUUCCAGCGGAAUUGAUGGACAAUCAGAGAAGAAAGCUCGAGCUGGAACUUAUCAUAAGGGGGAGCCAAGCUUAG